UUUUUUUUUUUCUUUUCUGGUUUUUGGUUUUUGUUUUCUUUUUCUUGUUUUCUUUUUCUUUUUAAUUACUUAAAGUUACAAAAAAGAAGAAAAAAAUGACUGGUCGUGGUAAAGGUGGUAAAGGUCUCGGAAAGGGAGGUGCUAAACGUCAUAGAAAGAUUCUUCGUGAUAACAUUCAAGGUAUCACUAAGCCUGCUAUUCGUCGUCUUGCUCGUCGUGGUGGUGUCAAGCGUAUCUCUGGUCUCAUUUAUGAAGAAACCCGUAGUGUUUUGAAGGUCUUCCUUGAAAACGUCAUUCGUGAUGCUGUUACUUAUACUGAACACGCCAAGAGAAAGACUGUUACUUCCUUGGAUGUUGUUUACGCUCUUAAGAGACAAGGUCGUACUCUUUAUGGUUUUGGUGGAUAAAUUUUUACCAGCUAAGCUAUUCAAUUUUAAAGAACAAAUGUUAUUUACAGCAAAUAAAGGUCAACCAAAAUACUAAUAAAUAAACAAACAAACCAAUCAUGUUCC